AUGACUGAAAAUCCCGAUGAUCUGGCAAUCCGAAUUCGAAACUGGACACCUGCGGCGAGAGAGGGAGAUUCAAAAUGGGUCCCUUCCCCCGGAAUAGAUGUAGACCAUCGUUACAUAUUUGACGGACGGCAUUAUUCCGUGCGCGCAGAGAGGAAGAUUCGAAAACGAACCGGCGCAUACUCACAAAGUCGACGGACUGUCAUCGAGAAGAGAAUAGCUACCAUGUUACACGCACGCCGACUCUGGAGGUUCGCCCUGUCUUCUCGAACCAGCGUAUAUUUGCACAACGUAGACGUCGGGAUGAAGAAAGAAAACCGACCUCCGUUGUCGCAAGCAGUAGUGGCUGGUCAGCCACAAUUCCAUAGAAAUUUACUACUCUGGACGUCGCAGCAGCAAGUAGUAUCCGGACUCGGGAUGGGAACGACAUCUUCCCCUGCCACCACAAUUCAGCCGUCGAUAGAGGUAGAAUGA